AUGUCGACAGAAAAGCGUGCGCGCGCUGGUUCCGAUGACUUCCGUUCAACGCAGAUGGUGGUGAAGAGGCCGAAUCUUGGUGGUGAGAGCAAGGCUGUUACACGAGUUAAUGGUUCAGCAGCAAAUGGCGCCCUGGUUCAAGCGGGACCAAGGACGACGGGGCUUCAAGCUCCUGUCAUGGAGUUGAGUGGGCAUACUGGAGAGGUGUUUUGCGCGAAGUUUGAUCCGAAUGGGAAUUUCAUUGCUUCGGGGUCUAUGGAUAGGUCAAUAUUACUAUGGAGAACCUUUGGGGCCUGCGAGAACUAUGGUGUUUUGAAUGGUCACAAGGGAGCGAUUCUUGAUUUACAUUGGUCGCGCGACUCGAGAGUAUUGUUUUCAGCAUCUGCGGACAUGCACCUUGCGAGUUGGGAUUUGGAAACAGGAUCUAGGAUUAGGAGACAUGUUGGACAUGAAGAGGUUAUAAACACCAUGGACAUCAGCAAACGAGGAGAAGAGCUGCUCAUCAGUGGAUCUGACGAUGGAUAUAUCGGAAUAUGGGAUCCUCGGACGAAGAACGCAGUGGACUUUAUCGAGACGGAAUUUCCAGUAACAGCUGUUGCGUUGGCUGAGGCGGGGAAUGAGAUCUAUUCUGGUGGAAUUGAUAAUGAUAUCAAAGUAUGGGAUAUGAGGAGGAAGGCUGUUGUUUAUUCGAUGUAUGGCCAUCAUGAUACUAUCACUUCCCUACGCAUUUCCCCAGACUCUCAAUCGCUUCUUUCGAACUCAAUGGAUUCAACCGUACGAACAUGGGAUAUUCGACCUUUUGCGCCAACUGAACGACACAUUCGGACAUUCGAUGGAGCUCCCUCAGGAAUGGAGAAGAAUCUUAUCAAGGCUAGCUGGGACUCUGAUGGCAAGAAGAUUGCAGCUGGUGCAGGCGACGGUACUGCAGUAGUCUGGAAUUCCCAGAACGGGAAAAUGCUGUAUAAAUUACCAGGCCAUAAAGGAACGGUCAACUGUGCAGAAUUGUCGCCAUCUUCAGAUCCUAUCAUCCUCACCGGAUCAUCAGACCGUAAUCUACUUCUCGGAGAACUUAAAUGA